CCCCUAGAGCCGGUUCCUCGCGGGGACGGGGUCGCAGAGAGCCGGGCCCUCCCUGGCAGCGGCCGCACCCGCUGGGCUCGUCGGGGAGCUGCCGUUCGAAGUGUAGGCGCGGCUUCCCCCGGCGCAUGCGCGACCAGAGCGGGAGCGUGAAGCACCGCCCCGGAUGUGGUGGGGCUGAAAGGGGCGGGCCGCAGGUUUGAACGGUCGCGGGUUCCGCGCGAGGAUGGCGCGUGGGCCUAGGCAGCGCGUCCGGCUGGGAGCCUCCAGACCCUUGGUCAACAUCCCUCAGGUUUCUAACCUUGGUCCUGAUGGGGCCUCUGAACAGAGACGAUUGCUCUUGUCCUCCGACACAGAGGAUGACACAAGGAAACCCCCCCAUGGGACUGGACAAAUUAUAAAGACCAAAAAGAAAGUGAAUGCAGAAUGCUGGCGCACAACGGAUGACAGGUCUAUUCUGCCCUUUUCUUCCAGUAGUGAUGAAGAAUUUGAAAUACUUUUAUCUAGAAUGAAGACUCCAAAAUCCCUAGCACAUCAAGUCUCUAAGAAACAAAAUAGCAGUUUGAAUGAAAUCAUCGUUGACUCCAGGGAAGACUUCUUCUCCGAUUUUACAAGAAAGAAUGCAACAAGCAAGAAGGCAGUGAAGAAUGUUCAGACCCAGAAGAAGCCAGUGACUUCUAGAAAGGAAAACACUUACUCCCAGGAAUGGCUGUAUCCAGAGAUAUUAAGUGACAGUAAAGAUGAUGAUGAUUCUGUUUUCAUAAAAAGUACAUGGUCUGAACACUGCCAAGAAAUUGAAGCGAGGGGCUUGAAGGACAACCUGCAUCACAUACAGCAGACUCCUUCACAAAAACAGAAAGAGUUUGAUAUUUCCAAAUAUAGUCCAAAUUCAUCUCUUGAUGGGAAAGAAAGAGAUUGUGAAGAAGGUGCAGGGAACAAUACUCAGACCUUGGCACUACGACAUAGUGCAGCAUUAGGGCCAGACAGCUCAGAGGAUGAAUUUGAAUCUUUAAUAGAGCGGAUAAAGAAGCGAAGCAUACCACUGACUCCAAGUUUAACUUCAAACAAAACCACUCUAUCCCAAUCAGCCACCACAGAACUGGGAAACUUCAAGCCUCCCUGUGACAGUGCACUAUACUCUGUUAAGAAAGAGAGAAUCGUGACACCAAAGUCAGAAUCCUCUUCAUCUAAAGAAAUGCCUUUUCUGAAGGUUCCUAAGAGCAGAUCAGUCUAUUGUAUACAUUCAUCAGAUACAGAGGAAAGGUGGAAUCUGUGUGGGGUGCCAGGCUGUUUCUUACAAGAGCUGUCAAACCCAACAUCCCAAUAUGUGAAAAAUUUCAGGAAAAAGAAGGAUGAGUUGAUACAGAAGCUCUACACUCUUUAUAACAACACCAUCUUUGAGCAAAAGUUGCCAGAGAAAAUGGAAAUCAUCUGGAACAAAAAGAUGCGGAAGACAGCAGGAUACUGCGUAACUGGACAAACAAAAAGUCCUGAGGUACAACGCUAUGCUCGGAUAGAGCUCUCAGAGAAAGUUUGUGACUCUGCAGACCGGCUUCGAGACACAUUGAUCCAUGAGAUUUGCCAUGCAGCCACUUGGGUAAUCAAUGGAAUUCGAGAUGGCCACGGGCAGUUUUGGAGAUUCUAUGCUAAGAAAUCAACUGUGGUUCAUCCAGAGCUGCCAGUGGUGACACAAUGCCACAGCUAUGAGAUUAAAUACAAGUUCACUUAUAAGUGUUCUCUGUGCAAAACCACAAUUGGGCGCCAUUCCAAGUCCCUGGACACAGAACGCUUUGUGUGUGCACUCUGUAAGGGACAGUUAGUCCUGUGCCAACCCACACGGAAGGAUGGUACUCCUGCUAGAGCACAGCUAACACCAUUUGCAAAAUAUGUGAAAGAAAACUAUGGAUCUACUAAAAAAGAACAAUGUGGGCUGAGCCAUGCAGAAGUCAUGCGGAAGCUCAGUGCUGAGUUUGCUUUAAAGACUAGGCUCCUAGAUUCCUGAAUGCCUCUUGGGGUGUACAUACUGGCCCUGUGCUAUGUAAUCAUUGUUUGUACCAUUAGAGAAAAUAGCUAGGUUCUGGCUGAUUAACACUGAAGAUCUAUUAAAGGUUUCUAAGCAUCUGCUGCUGUUCUGUGUUCCCAGAAGCAGUGCUUGCAUAAUCCCCUGCUGCUGCACUCAGAAGCAGGUGAAACAUUGUUUUCUGAUGAAUCCCAGUUACAGGACAAGAUGAUAUAUGUAACUUUAGGUCCAGGGCUGCCCAUCCAUCCCCAGGUCUCCUUAGUGAGGAUCGAGUGCAUCUGUUUGCUUAUGAUUAAAUCUUCAUUCUAAUUGCCCUCCAGCCACUGAGAUUUUAUGAAAGUUAAAAUGGGAAGGGGGAGUGGGAAAUGGGGGAGGAUUAACUUGGAGCCUUUUUUAACCACUGUUUGAGAUAAACUCUGGAGGCAGUUGGCUCAGGGUCUUUCUUAGAACUAAAUCAAAUGCAUCUAUCACAGAGUUGGGAUUGAAACACUUCUGUAACGUAUCUUCUCUACUCAGAUGAUUAAAUCAGAUUUGUAAUAUUAAUACUUGAAAUAAAAAGGUAGAUUUUUGUCUCUUA